CCCGAGUCACCUGGAACAGAAGCCGGAAGUGUGAGAUCCGGCAGUGGUUGGAGUGUGGUACAUACGGUUCGGUAGGUCCGUUCAACAAGAGGUAAGUGUCGGCAAUGGCUGCUUCCUCGGAGGAAAUAGACCAUAUCACCCCAUUAACGACGGGUACAUGCAGUUAUUCACCCCCUUGUACCUAUAUAACCCGCCGGGGGCUCACUAAUUACCUGUAACCAGCUGUUAGAAGCCUUGUGAUGACGUUACGGCUGAUCGGGUAACUCACCGGGCGAGCUGAUUCGCAUUCACGCUGUGGACUGGUGGUUUGUUUUGAUAAAAUUGUUUUAGUUUUCUCAAUGCAAAAUGUUGGGCUAAUAUACAAGUAUUUUAAAUGGAACUUUUAUUUACUUAUAGCUGUUCUAUGUUUAGUUAGUUCUAUGUUUGGAAUGUUGUACUGCUCAGUUUUUAGGUUGUGAAAAAUCCAUGUAGAAAAACGUAUUUUAUUUAUUUAUUUAUUUUAAUUGCAUAGCUUUCCUUUACUUCCUGGUUCUGCCUCUAGUCUUCCAAGUAGAACUACUUUUAUUCUGUCUCUAAGGUGACACCUGUCCUAUAUGGAAACUCAAACAUCAUAAUGUGCUCUGUUUGUUGCUGGACUUGCUCGUAUAGUUUCUGUGAAAAAUAUAGUUUCUAAAGAUGUUUUAGUUGAUAAAAUCUAGGAUAGCUAAUGUUUUAUGGUGAAUAUGUUAAAAUGUCAUUAAAAUGUGAUCUCUUAAUUUUAAUAAAUGUGAUUACAUUCAGUAUUUCACAAAACCUUUUCUUUCUUUCUUUCUUUCUUUUUUUUUUUUAUGGAGGAACCUAAAAAAUAAUUUGUCAUAAACAUUUUACAGUCCAGAAACAUCUGUUGUGGUUUAGUUAAAAUGUGUUGUUUAGUUGUUUUUUUGCUGUUUCCCUCUGUAUUUUCCAUGUUAAUUACUUGAUUUUUCUUUUAAUAUAAAUUUUAGAGAUGUUGAAUGGUUGCUGCAGAUGCUUUCUUAGUGUAUAUGGUUACCAACCGAUAUCUUGGUGACCGCAGCAUUGUUAUGUUAUGUACACAUCAAUAUUUGACCAAAUGGAAAGUGCAGCCCUUUUCCACACUAUUCCCCCCCUUCUUCUUUUUUUUUUUUUUUUUAUUAAUCUCUCUCAUGCUCUUUGUUUCUAACAAUAGAAUAUCCUUUUGGUUUAUAAAAACUGGCACUUCUUCCAACAAUGCAAGUCCUUCAUACACACACCAUGGAUUUUAAGUUCUCCGGUGUAUAUCUGUAGACACCAGAAAACCAGUCCUGCUUUUAUUUGUUUUUAAUUUUGCUUCCUUUGUUUCACUAGUAUGUCAUUGUACAACACUGCUCAUCCUAUAAACCAGUGAUUUCCAAACCAGUCCUCAAGACACUCCUACUAGUCCAGGAUAAAGGGAUUACCCAGUUUUGUCAAGGUGCUUCUUUUUUUUUUUUUAUUAUUACUAUUAUUAUUAUUAUUAUUAUUAUUAUUAUUAUUAUUAUUUUAUUUUAUUUUAUUUUUCUACUUUCUAAAAACACCUUAGACACAACUGGGUAAUCCCAAGAUCCUUGACUGGUAGAGGUGUACCUUGAGGACUGUUUUGGAAAACACUCCCACAAAUCUCAAGCUCACCGCCUCUAACUCACACUCUUACUACUGCUUGGUGACAUCUCUCGUAUCCUUGGUCCCGUAACACUUCCUUGGCUAUGACACUCUUGUUUAAUCUCCCAUUGUAAACUCUGUCACGCUAUUCUAAAAACCUUUUUUUAUAUUAACCCACUGCGCAUAUCUCCUUUUGUUCUAUCUCUGGAACAUUUUCUCUGUGUGUAACAAGCUCACGGCCGUUGUUUCCAACUCUUUCUACCUCCAUGCAAUUACCAAAACUUUUUUUUAUUCUUUUCUUUUCUUCUGACACUGCUUCCAUAGCUUCUUUCACACGCAUUGGCCCCCAAUUAACCACACCAGUAUGCCAUGUAAGAAACAUGAUAGUAGUGCUGGAAUCUUGCGCUCCAUCUCUUGGACCUAUCUUGUUUUGCAUCCACUCCGAUCUGUCUGCUGCUCUUUUAAAGUUAAAAGAUUCUCCUGUUCUCAUCACUCUCUUUGAGUGGCAGAUAUCUUUCACCCUCCUGGACCAAUCUCUAAAUUUUGACAACUUUUCCUCUUGGCUACCUUACACUCCAGUUGUGCUGUUGCCAACACUUGGGGACUUUAACAUCCCCAUUGAUAACCAACCUGACCAUGCUGCCUGUAAACUUAGUUGGUCUGUCUCAAUUUAUCCUAUUCCCUACUCACUGUGACGGACACUAUUGACCUGGUAUUUUCCUACUUCUGCCUUAAAUCUGACUUUACUUGUCGCUCUUUUCCCAUUUAAGACCACCACCUACCUUCCUUAUAAUUUUGAUAGAUCGACUAAACUUAUGCAACAUCUCCUUCACACUUUUACAACUCCCUGCCCUAUUCUUACUACAUCCUCCUCUGCACGGGGCACUCUCGCUGUUCUCAACUACAUAAAAUAUCACAACAUUCGUUACAGCCCUGACACUAUAUAGGCAAAUGUGCUACUUGAAAAAAUUGCUCUUGCGCUUGGCCGUCUGCACAAAGGACAUUCAUUUAAAGGGCAGAUUACUUGAGAAAUGCUUGAACAUGAGCAUCUCUGAAUGGGGCUGCUAGCGGGCUGGUGUGCAAUUAUGUCAGACUGACAGUCCCCUUAUCUAGGCAGGGCCCAUCGAUUUGGACAACACCAAUAUUGGGAGGUUUGAAAAUGUAAUGUUUAAGAAACCAUGUUUCCAGCAGUUUAAAAUUCUGCUGUUACAGUAGAAUUCCUGCUAGCCAUGGAAAACAGCUGACCUGGUUUAGGUGCUAGUAUUACUAGCUUCAUAGUCAUGUAGGAGCCAUGAUAUGGCACACCCAUAAGGCGUCUUCUAAUCCCUUGGGCUGCUUCCUUUUGUAUAGGAGAACCGUGCAUUCUAGCUUAUAAUUAGUCCAUGGCUUGACAAAUUUGUUUUGAAUCUAGGAGCCAGGUUUUCCUUAACCCCUUAAGGACCAAACUUCUGGAAUAAAAAAGGAAUCAUGACAAGUCACACAUGUCAUGUGUCCUUAAGGGGUUAAACUAACAAAGCCUUAUUUUCAACAAUAAAAAUACAGUUCUUAAAAGAAAGCUAGCUACUAGAAAAGCUACAGCUUAAAGGAAUACUAUAGUAAGUAGAACUACAAUUUAAUUUAGUUGUUCUGGUGAGUAUAGUCGGUCACUGCAGGCUUUAUAAUGUAAAAAAUGUUUUAGAGAAAAUGCAGUGUUUACAUUGCUGCAUAGGAACACCUCCAGUGACAGUCACUCAGAUGGCCACUAGAGCUACUUUCUAGUCCAGUUCUGCGCAUGUACACGCUGAACUUUCCCCAUAGAGAUGCAUUGAUUCAGUGCAUCUCUAAGAUGGGAUACUGAUUGGCUAGAGCGGCGUUUGGCUCCACCCUCCUCCGUGGCUGAGAUCAUCAGAAUUCGCAAUCUCAGCCAAUCCAAUGCUUUCCCAUAGGACAAUUUUGACACACACUGACAAACACUGACAUACAUUUGUUUUCCUCAAACUAACAAAUGGGAGAGCUGAAGUGGUUCCUUUCCUGAGGUCCAGUGUCGGGCUUGUGUAAUCUUCAAGCUCUUCUUUCUCGCACGCUGCUUAGUGAUGUCAUAACCGGGUAUGACAGCAGGUCCUGCGAAUGGCAUCCUUCUGCAUAUUCACACUUCAUUCCCUAGAAGGUAACACGAAGACCACAUUAUUAAAGUGAAACAAUAUGGUCAAAGUGACAAAGAUAAAUUGAUAAUGCAUUACAACUAAUGGUAAAUAAAACAUAUGCUUAAGCUUUCCUGAAGCUACACAGUUUAGAGACAAUGCUUCCAUCUAGAGGCAGACAUUCGCCCUUCAGAAAAAGAAGCUCCAAUUAAGAGUUUCAUUCUGACCUGUCUGUAGUCUUAUUCUUAUCCCUUAAACUUCUUUAGAGAGCACUUCCAAUCAUUACAUAAAAAUAUGAAAUAAAGGGGAGACUUGAGCAAGUUGAAAUAGGUUUGGUGAUUAUAGCGAUCUUUUUACAGGAACAAUGCAAGCACCAUAAAAAUCUAUGUGCAGGAAGAUCCAAUAUCAUUGUAUCUUCGUGAAAACUUUAUAUUUUAAGCACUCUGUGAAAAAGGCACUGACCAAAGUAUCCAAUGAUCUACUCGCUACAAAAUCUCGUGGUCACUACUCUAUCCUAAUUCUCCUUGACCUGUCUGCGGCUUUUGACACUGUUGAUCAUCAACAGCUUCUUCUCAUCCUCGGCAAUAUCGGUCUACAAGAUACUGCUCUCUCCCAGCGCUCUUUCAGUGUUUCUUUCUCUGGCUCUGCUUCUUCUCCCCAACUCCUCUGUGUUGGUGUCCUCCAAGGUUCAGUCCUUGGUCCCCUACUGUUCUCGAUCUAUACUGCCUCCCUUGGUAAACUCAUUAGCUCCUUUGGCUUCCAAAAUCAUUUCUAUGCAGAUGACACGCAAAUCUACCUGUCCUCUCCUGAUCUCUCCCCGUCCCUCUUGACUAAUGUCUCUGACUGCCUCUCUGCUGUUUCUAACUGGAUGGCUGCCCACUUCCUUAAACUAAACUUGACCAAAACUGAAAUUCUGGUCUUUCCUCCAUCAAGUGUUGUUACUCAUGUGUCUGUCUCCCUCCAAGUCAACGGUGCUACCAUCAGCUCCACCAAACAGGCUCGCUGCCUAGGUGUUCUCUUUGACUCCGACCUCUCCUUGAAGCCUCAUGUUCAAUCUAUCGCCAAAUCCUGUCAUUUCCAUCUCAAAAACAUUGCGCGCAUCUGACCCUACUUAACGCCAGAUGCGACUAAGGUGUUGGUCCAUUCCACUGUCCUUUCUCGCCUUGACUACUGUAAUCCGUUUCUCAGUGGUCUUACGUGCUCCCAACUAGCGCCGUUACAGUCCAUAAUGAAUGCAGCAGCGAAGCUCAUCUUCCUGUCCGCAUGCACCUCCCAUGCCUCACCCUUCUGUCAGUCCCUACAUUAGCUUGCUAUAAAUGAUAGCGCUCAAUUUAAAUUUCUAGUUCUUGCUUUCAAAUCUCACCUAUCUAUCCUCCCUUAUACACAAGUAUGUCCCGUCUAGGCCCUUAUGAUCUGCUAAAGCCUUACGUCUAUCUUCUGUCCGUACUCCCACCUCUGAUGCUCGCCUUCAAGAUUUCUCGAGGGCUGCACCGUUCCUGUGGAACUCGCUUCCCUCCACCGUUAGAUGCUCACCCAGUCUCCACUCCUUCAAAAAAUCGUUAAAAACCCCACUUCUUCAUAAAAGCGUAUCAAUUAAACUGUUAAUAGCUCCUGACUGAUUCCUCUUCUGCAACUGUCACUAGUCUAAUACUAUCCUUACCUUUUUGUGUCAUUUUACCCCACUCCCUCUAGCAUGUAAGCUCAUUGAGCAGGGCCCUCAACCCCUCUGUUCCUGUGUGUCCAACUUGUCUGGUUACAACUACAUGUCUGUUCGUCCACCCAUUGUAAAGCGCUGCGGAAUUUGACGGCGCUCUAUAAAUAUCAUCAUAAUAAUAUUUUAGCCCUUAAGAUAAUUUGAUUGUUAAACCAUAUUAGUAUCUUGCUGCAUUUUCCCAAAGGCAUUUGGGAAAUUGAAACACUUAAUGUGAUGGCCACUCCCAAACGUAAAGUGGUUUUAAAUAUGAAUAAUGAGGCAAUUCAAGAAAAACCAGUAUUUCAGUUUUUUUUGUUUUGUUUGUUUUUUGGGGUGGGGGUUAUGUUUGCGUUACAAUUGUAGACUAUUUUCAGCAGUUUAAUUGCUGUAUACAAAGUAUUGGUUUCUAAGUGUGUUUUUAAUUUUAUGUAUUUUGCCACCCACUAUUUUUUUUUUUUUUUUUAAUACAAGAUCAAGUGCUACUGAUCAUAGGUUUUGUUAUUAUUCCUGAGUUACUGUUUACUUCCUGACACCUGAGAAACAUAGUUUCCUAAAAGCUUCAAGGAAAUGGUCCUAUGAGUGGAGAGGCAUUACCUUUUGUUAUAUAAAUUAUCAAUAUGGAAAGUAUUAAUAUGUAUUUAAAGGAACGCUCCAAGCACCUUAACCACUACAGCCUCCUGUGAUGGUUAUGGUGUCAGAAGUACUCUGUCGCCAUCCCGGGGUAAGUAGUCAGAGUCUGGCAUCUUACCUGGUGUCCGCUGACUGCAGUCACAGCCCUUUCUGGAGUCAGAAGCUUGCAGCAAUGAGUUAAACCUAGUGGUGCCGAGUGUUGCUCACUCACUGAAAGCGUUUAUCUGACACAAGCUAAUAAGCCAGUCCUGCAUGGCAGAACUCAGUUGAGCUAAUGGAAGUUUGUUCUAGAAGAGGCUGUGACUGGUGCCUGGCAGACCCUGGGUAAUUGUGAAAUCAUUUGCAAACAAUUUGACUACUUACUCUGGGGGGGCGGCACUCCUGGCACUAUAACCACUAAAGGUGGCUAUUGUGGUUAUGGUGCCCUGAGUGGAGGGUUGGUGAUAUAUAAAAAAUGGGUUAUCAUGUGAUCUCUUUAGUUGAAUAAAUUAGAAGGUGAAGUGCCAGAAACGUGAAACUAUGGAAAAUGCAAAAAAAAAGCAUUGUUCCAUUUCGAACUAGAUUUUAAAUUGAAAAUAUUUUUAAGAACACUUUUAAACCUAUUAGUCAUAGAAGCCAUACCCGCAAUGCUUUCCUAUGGGAAUUUUACAGAAGCGUGAGGAUGUCCAGCGUCAGUAAGGUAACCAAAGGUUGCCUAACAAGCAGGAAGUGCCUCUAGUAGGAUGUCUGACUGACAGCAACUAGAGGCAGUCUUAACCCUGCAAUGUUGUUAUUGCAAUUUAUCAGAAACUGCAAUAAUUAACAUUACAGAGUUAAGGGAACCAGGACACUGCACCCACACCACUUCAAUGAGAUAAAGUGUUCUGGGUGCCUAUAAUGUCCAUUUAAAUGAAACACUUGGAAUACACUUCAAUUUACUCACUCACAAAUAAUGUACAAGACAAUAACAAUAUGAACCGUGACUAGUAUGUCCUAAAUAAUAUGUGGAGCAGAAGCAAAAAAUGUGGACAUAAAAAUAGGCUGUCAAGUAAAAUUGUUUUUGUAUUCCUGAUGAGGGGGUAGUGGUUGCACACUCCUCCCUCAAAGAACAAGAAUAGAUUUAAUAUGGGCCUGGGCUGUUUGUGAAUCUAGCCAAGGCCUGGCAUUUUUGGAGAAGUAUUAUUGGAAGUAGCAGAAAUGUUGUCCAUAGUAAGUCAUACACCAAAUUUUGUUAUAAAUGCAAGUUACAGUUGGAGCAAUAGAUUAGAUCAACUUGAGCAAGUAUCAUUGGGCAGACUAGAUGGGCCGAAUGGUUCUUAUCUGCCGUCACAUUCUAUGUGUAUCAUUGAUAGGAAAGGGUUCAUAAAAAGAAAUGUAUUACGUCUUGUAAAGUCAAAAUACUAGGAGUUUAAAAACUGAUUGGUAUAGCUAUUCAAUAGGCUGAUUUUCUCAAUGUUUUGUCAUUUUAUGUUUCUAAAUAAAUACCAUGAUUGUACCAGCAAUACAUUACUAAAACAAUGUUUAUUCCUUUUCCAGGAAAAAUGAUUUCGGAAGGAAGUUCAUUUAUGCGUGGAUUGUUGAUAGGAGGAGCAUUUUGUAUUUUCAUUACUUUGAUAGGACAUAUAAAAGUUGCCCAUGAAUCUACCACAUCUCAUGAACAUCAUCACGUACAAGCUCCAAAUAAAGAAGAGGUUCUGAAACUUUCUGAAAACGAAAGAAUGGAUUUGAGUCAAAAUAUGCGAGUGUAUUGUAUAAUCUUGGUAAAACCAAAAGACCUUUCAUUGUGGGCAGCAGCAAAGGACACAUGGGUCAAGCAUUGUGACAAAGCCGAAUUUUACAGCUCGGAAGAAGUUAAAGCAUUUGAAUCAAUAUCUGUUAACACCAAUGACAUGUGGGCAAUGAUCAGAAAAGCUAUCCAGAUAGCCUAUGAGAAAAACAAAAGCGAGUACAGUUGGUUUUUCAUAAGCCAGCCUUCUGUCUUUGCUGUGAUUGAAAACCUGAAGUUCUUCUUGCUAAAAAAAGAUCCUUCUCAGCCAUUCUACAUUGGUCAUACGUCUACGUCAGGAGACCUGGAAUAUGUUGACAUUGCAGGAGGCAUUGUUUUGAGUGUGGAGUCUCUAAACCGGCUUAUCGCUGUUUUCAAUGAACCAGAUAAGUGCCCCGAGAGUGGAGGUAUAAUAUGGAAAGUCUCUGAAGACAAACAAUUGGCUAUGUGCUUGAAGUACAAAAAUGUGUUGGCUGAGAAUGCAGAAGAUUCUGAAGGAAAAAACGUCUUCAAUACAAAAUCUGUCGGCACCCUUAUAAAGGAAGCAAUGGAAAAUGAUCCACAGAAAGUAGUGGAGGGAUGCUGCUCCGACAUGGCCAUUACAUUCAGUGGACUAUCUCCUAACAAUAUGCAGGUCAUGAUGUAUGGCGUAUACAGGUUACGAGCUUACGGACAUAGUUUUAAUGAUGCUUUGGUAUUUAUGCCACCAGAGAACUCUAAUAAUGAUUAAAUAUUUGUAGUGUAAUACCAGCUACUGGAUUCAUCUCAUCCUCCGCAAUGUAAAGUACUAUAGAAUUCUUCACAUUUUAACUUUUUAAGGACCUUUGUCAUCGUAGAAGACUGCUUCUUAGAGACACCUACUCUAAUAUGAAAUGUCCCACACGUAACAUCAGCAAGUAAACAGGACAUUUCAUGAUAGCAUGGGGUCUUCAGGAACUAGGUUGUGUUCAUGGCAUUAAAUAUCACUGGUCCUUAAAUAGUUUAUCAAGAAGCUGGCAACCUGACUUUCUCCAGCCAGCACCUACGGUUCUCUGGCAACUAAAGUUAGUAGUGCAACUGGAUUCCCAACAGCUGUAAUCUAUUCAUAACUGGAGUUAUUUCAUUUAUGAAGCUCCUAACCUAAUUUUAUUUUUAUUUUUUUUAUUUUUUGUUAUUUUAAAGGAACAUUAUUUCCUGUACUGCAUAGGCAGCAAAAGCUUUGGAAUUUGAGCUGUUUCCUGUGAUGCCCUCCAAAUGGCUGGCAUGGCUUUCUAAAAAAAAAAAAACAGCUGGAGGUCCAAAGCCACAGAUAGAUAUAUAUUUGUUUUUCUUUUUGUUUUUCUUGAAGAUAUGUAAAUUAUCAAAGUACUUGCCGGCUUGUAAUAACACCGAAUUUUACAAAUGGAUAACUUUUGCACUCAAAAUCUAUUUUUAUAAAAUUCAAAGACAUGGGUAGUUCUGUUUCAAAGUGAGCAUUUUUAAAGGUAUUUUUGAUUAUUUUUUUUUUUUCUUUUGAAUACUCCCUGUGGGAGAUGGAACGUUCUGGUGUGUCUGUGUAUUGCCUGUGAAAUAAUUAGGUAACAUGAUUCCAUUGCCAAACUGUCACAUGCACUGUUAUGUUUGUGCUGUUACAAUAUGCGUUUAAUUCUAUUGUAGUUGCCCAUCUGUAGCAAGGUACCACAUAAAGGGCAGCCAGUUUCCUGUAGGAGGAAUUGUAUCUGAAAGAAAAAACAAACACAACACUAAAUGGAUAUUACAGGUGUGCUGACAGGAGACCAUGAGAACGUGGCCGUUUGCCAUGUUGGCCUGUCAUAGUCCAACAUUCCUUUGCAAAUAAUUGGCAUUAAGUAAGCUAGGGAGGCUUUAAAUUAUCUAAAUAGUGUACAGGCCAAAAUUGGUACCAUUUCUAGUUACGUUUUUAAAUUCUCUAACCUAUCACUAGAAUCUUGACUUGUAAUUUCUUCUGCUGUUAGCAAAGCACGUUCAACAUGACUGACAUAACUCAACAAUUAUUACUUUGGACUUUUAAUCCUGCAGACAAGCGCAUGUUCAUACAGAGCUAUUCACCAAAGUGAGAAUUUCUAAUUUAAGACAAAAGUAUCCAAACUGAAAGCAUAGUUUAUGUAGAAAUAUUUUCCAUUUUGACCUUAAAGUUUGAAUUUCUAACAGUUUUCACUUAGUUGAGUAACUAAGUAUGCUUUUGAUAGAGCAUUGUCUUGAAACCGGUUCUAUGUUUCAUGCAUGUGCAUCUUUAAGUUGGUUAGUGCUGUCCCUUAAGUAAAAGAUGCAACUUCUUGCACAGGUGUGUUCUAGUAAAUGUGCAGUACAUCAAGUAACUGUGUCAGGAACAAGGGAUAGCUUCAGUUUUUCACCAGCAGAAGAACAAUUUCUUGGUUAAAAAAAAAAAAAGCUGGAAAGCAAAAUUUAAAAAUGGUGGCAAAAAUAAUACUUGUUAUUCCAAACAGACAGUUUUCACUGUAUAGAGAAUCCCCCAUAAGCAACGAAGACUCUAGUCUAUUGCAUUAAAUAUAAUUUUUGAAGCCCUAGAUGAGCUAUAAAGAAACCGUAUACUUGUGUUACUGACCAAAAUCUAGCCUUGAAGCUGCACAAGCUUAUUUUUUCAGGAAAUAGUGAUACAAUGCCUUUUUUUUGUUUUAUUACUAAAAUUUUAAUUGAGUUGUGAUUUUAAAAAAAUACAUAAAUUGUUGCAUCUGUGUCAAUGAAGGGAGGUAUAUUUAUUGAAAUAAAAAAAUAAUAAUCUAGGGGAAAACUGGAUUAAAAUUUGACCAAAUAUAGUUCUUUCUGGUAGAAGUGCCAGUGUAGGGGUUGUCAGGUUCAUCAUGUUUUCAUUGACACACAUCUUUUAAAUGUUGUUGGGUAACAUUUAAAAAGUACUGCCCUGCUGUACGCAGAAUGUGUUUGCUGCAGAAGGAAGUCAUUAACCAAAUAACAAUCCCAAGAAAACCAUCCUGUUAACUGAUUUCUCGUCCGUAGCAGCUACAGAAAGUACUUUUCAUUUAUGGACACUCAGCAUGAAUAAGAUGUGUUAAGGAAGCAUGGCAGAUCUGACAUCCGUUCAUGUAAGACAUAAGGCAGGGUGUCAGGAUAUAGUCAAAUUGGCACUGGUGGAUAGUGGUGAAAAUCCUGAAAUCCUACAUGGGAUAAAAUUGAGAACCUAGGUUUUAAAGAAUUAAUCUGUGCAAUGAGGUAACUGUCAAAUGAAGAUUUGGGUGUUCUUUUGGGGUAUAUAUAUUUUUGGAAUAUUUUUGAUUGGUAUGUGGAAACUUAACAUUUCUUAGAAAACUGAACUAUUUGUAACUUUGUAAUAUAUGGGGAAUUUCAAAUACUAAACUUCUGUAUGAAUAAAAAUCCUAUUUUAUAUUAAAAUU